AUGACUUCCAAAUUUGUUCUCUUGGUUCUUCUUGGUGUUCUUAUUUGCACCACCACCGCGAGAAAGCUAGUAGGCUCAGACGGUUCUUUCGAUGAUGCAAAAUUCAUUUUUCAUCAUUUAGGAGGUGGCGGUGGGGGUGGAGGUGGUGGUGGAGGUGGAGGAGGAGGAACAGGGGGUGGUUCUGGUUUCGGAGAAGGAUUUGGUGGUGGGUUUGGAGGAGGUGCUCAGGGAGGAGGAGGAGGUUUUGGUGGCGGAGGCGGAGGCGGAUUGGGUGGAGGAUCUGGUAGUGGAUUUGGAUUUGGUGCAGGAUACGGUGGUGGGAUAGCACAAGCAGCCGCGGAAGAAUUCAUGGUGUAUAUGAUGAUUAGUUCUGGAGCCCUCAAAGUAUUGGUCAGAAAGGAUCUUCAGAGACCAAAAAACCAUGGUUGCUAG